AUGGAGGGAGAAGCCGAAGCGAACAACAACCACAAGCAGCAGCUGCAUGACGUGCAGAGCCGCCCUGGGAACCAGAGCUGCGCUGACUGCGGGAACCCAGAACCGGACUGGGCCUCCCUCCCUUUGGGGGUGUUCGUAUGCCAGGCCUGCUCCCUGCUUCACCGCAGCAUCCCCCACAUCACCAGAGUGAAGUCUGUCCAGGAGACGUGGGACGACAGUGAGGUAGAGAUUAUGGCGUCAAUGGGAAACACUGCGGCCAAAGCAAUGUACGAGCAGCAGGUUCCCUCGUUCUACUACAGACCCACGCACAGCGACUGCAAGUUGCUAAGAGAGCAGUGGAUACGAGCCAAAUACGAGCGAAACGAGUUUGAGGCGACGGAGAAACAGGAGGCGUACUCUGCAGGAUACAGAGAAGGGUUUCUAUGGAAACGAGGAAGAGACAACGGUCAGUUCUUCAGCCGCAAGUUCAUUCUGUCUGAGAGAGAGGGGGCGCUCAAGUACUUUAACAAACAAGACGCCAGAGAGCCUAAAGCAGUGAUGAAGGUGGAGACUCUAAACGCCACUUUUCAGCCGGCGAAGAUCGGGAAUCCCUGUGGUCUGCAGAUCACACACCUGAAGGACAACAGCACACGCAACAUCUUUGUGUAUCACAGUGAGGCCAAGGAAAUGGUUGACUGGUUCAACGCCAUCCGAGCCGCUCGCUUCCACUACCUGCAGGUGGCGUUCCCUGGAGCCAGUGAUGAAGAGCUGGUGCCAAAACUCACCAGAAACUUCAUGAGGGAGGGCUUCAUGGAGAAAACGGGCCCAAAGCACACAGAAGGCUUUAAGAAGCGGUGGUUCACGAUGGACGACAGGAGACUCAUGUACUUCAAAGACCCUCUGGAUGCGUAUGCGCGUGGGGAGGUCUUCAUCGGCAGUAAAGAGAACAGUUACACCGUGCUCUCUGGUCUGCCCCCAUCCACCCAGGGCCACCACUUUACCCACGGCAUCACCAUCGUCACGCCUCAACGCCACUUCCUGUUUGCCUGCGAGACGGAAGCCGAGCAACGGGAUUGGAUCUCAGCGUUCCAGAGAGUCAUCAACCGACCAAUGAGACCGCAGGAGUACGCAGUUGAAGCUCAUUUCAAGCACAAGCCCUGA